AUGCUUCCACAACAACAAUUCGCCAAUCUCAAUUCUCUUCUCUCUUCAUACAAUGAUCUUUUCGGAGAGUCAUCUAGUGAUGGUCAACCGUCUGAAAUUACUGUCUCUGCUCCUGAAUUAGUACAAACAUCGGAACAACAAAUUCGUUCUCAAGAAUUUUCUCAAAAAGAAAAGAUUUUGGAACAAUUCGAAAAGAGUCGAUCAGGACUGUUCGAAUCACCCCUACAGUACAAACCUUCGGAAGAUGACGAAGAUCAAUUUGACGUUUCUUCUCAUCAAUCGUCUCUUCUUGUAAAUCACGAGGAUUUGAAUCAAGAGAGUGAGAAGCAGUCGGGGUUGACUCCAAAUGAAAACGGUGUACAAUCGUUGGAAACUUCAAAUGAUCAAAAUGAAUUGGAUUCGGUCUCCACUACCCAAGAAUUUAGAACCAUUAUGAACUCAUCAAAAAUUGCAGAAAUGACAAAACAAAUGAAAUUAUUGUUGUUGAAAGAUCGAAAACGAGUGACACAUAAUUUUGAUAGUAUUCGAAGAGAUCUUGAGAAAAUGAGUUUUACAAUGCUUGGACAACAAAUACCAUUCAAUAUUGUGCAUGAAUAUAUUUUACCAUUUGUAACAUUGCGAGAUAUUAAUGUCUCAAUGUGUCGAUUAAGCAAAUCAUGGGAAUUAGCUUCUUCUUUUUAUCCUUUGCAUAAAUUAGAGAAUAUUGAUUGGAUGAAGAAGCGAUUUUAUUCAUACUUUAAAGAUGUGACAUAUUGUGCAGAAACUGGAAAUGAAAGCAGCACUGUGAACUUGGCCUAUUUCAUUGCCAAUGAAAAACAACAAAUUCCUCAAUUAGGAAACAAAGCGUCCUUUUCCAAACAUAAUGUCACAACCACAAGUGCUAGAAUGAUUUGGUUUUUGGUUUCGAGAUCCUUCUCAUCGUUUGCUGACUCUCUUGAAAAACGACAUCCAACCAUGAAAUCAUUUCUCAAAGACAAGAUUGUUGAAUUUUGUUUACUGAUCGCCAAAGCACAGGAAACCAUUCUCGAGUUGAAUCAAUACAAACAUAUUCACUUGAUCAUUCAGCGAAUAUCAUAUUCAGAUAAGCUACAACGAUUGCAACAAGGUGAAGAUUUUGCUCUGUCCUUUGUGAUGGAAGGGGAUGAUGAAGAUGAAAAGGAUUCCAUGCUUGCAUUUUGCUCACUCAUGACUAUGAGGCUUGAAGGAUUUUCAAAUCAAGUAUCGCUCUUUCUUCAAGACGAUGAUGACUUUUCCAAUGAAGAAGACUAUUCAGAAGAAGAAGCAAGUGAUGAUGAGGUUUAUGAAGAAGAUGCUUCCUUCCAUCAUCAGCAUCAACCUGUGUAUAAUGUUGAUCGCUUCAACGACAUGAAUGGCGAAUUCGAAGAAGAUCACCACAAACUACGCCAUAAGAAAACUACCAGCGAAAAAAUUCGACUCAAAAAGGCAAAAAUUUUUUGA